UCGCCAUUAGUGUUUACAUCCACCCUCGCCAACAUCAGCCAUAACCUCGUCGGAUCAAAACACUGGAAGUUCUCAGGUCGUUCUCAAUCCGAAAUAAAACCAAAGUCGUGAGAUUAUAAGUGUCAACAAUUGAUAUCAAAAAAUUAAAUCGUUAUCCAGUGAUCCUAGAAGAAAAUACAGUGAUAAAAUUUAAUUCAUGUCAUCAUCGGCAUGACUGCAGCGAAACCGCUCGAUAUGCCUCUACCUCUGGUGCUCAAGCAAGAGAAAGAGGAGAAUCUCAGUGAAGACAGUGACAAUGACAACGAGGAGACAGACAAUGACAGUGUCUCCUCGUUGUCACAACCAUCGAUCCUUGACAGGAGUUCUCUCAACGACCUCGACCCCACCAACGAAUUCCUCAGGCUCACUUCAAUGGUUCGUCGCGUAUAUUUCUCCUAUCUCAACAAAUCCAUACUGAACAAUUACAACGUGUGUUGUAAAACUGCUGAAAUAAGAGAAAUCUCUCGCGUAGAGCUGAAGAAAUUCGCUAGUCAGUUGGAGCUGCAAGCAGUUCGUGCCUCCCUGGAGGCUUCACUGUAUCGUCAAGCGAUGCUUAAAAUGAUAUCCGAAGUGAAGACAAGUACAUCUCGCCAAAAAUUCCACAAGAAGUUAUCAAUCUUCCUGCAGACUCCACCAACAACUGUCGACGCAGCGGUGCAAACCACUGACGAUUUACUCCCACCAGAGACCAAAGUUUUUCCUGCAGUUGAGGAUCCAUCACUCGACUGUAGAACCAAAAUAGAGACAAAAUUAAAUCCCGAAGUUAAAUCUCUUGACGAGAGACUGACUCAGCUCUUCCCCCACCCCCUGAAGACAUUAGAAAUUAGUCCUCAUGAUGCUGGUGAACCGGAGGAUCCUCAGAUGCCUGUGAAGGUGGAACCCCUGGAGCAAAAAAUUGAAACCCAGGAAGUAGAAAAAAUAGAGACUGAUGAGAAAGAGAGGAAAGAGCUAUUGAGCCACCUCGAGGCAGACGUCAAUGGACCCCACGAGGACGAUCAGGCAUCCCAGGAUUCCCUGAUGCAGCACCUGGAGGACAUGUUCUGCGAGAGUGACGACAGCAGCGAUUUAACUGCCCUGAUAGAACGACAUUCAGGCGUCACUAAGACAAAUCUUGAGAAGGAGAUCAUGAAGAUGUGUCCAAGAAGUUCUCCAGUUAAACCUCCAGUCGUCAAAACUGUCACCAAAACACCUGAUUCGUCAAUUGCCACUCCGCAAUCCUCCCAGGAGUCCACGUCGUCGUGUGUCAGUGGAAAACGUAAAUUAUCGCUCUACACUUAUAAAAAUAAGAGGAGAGCUGUAGAAGGUGGGGAGGAGAUACCCGAGGACAAGGAAACGAAGAAGAUGCGGGGAAUUUGGCUGGUGGAGAGAAUUCACCAGGUCUCCAAACUCAAGGCCAAAAUGAUGGAGUUGUCGGUGAGAAAUUACAGAAAACAUGGGAGAAUUAGGAGCCGAUUUAGCGAACUCUUUGGGGAUGACGAUGGAGAGGAUUUGGCGCCGGAUUCGCCGAUCCUCAUCGAGGAUCACUUGACUUCCUGCAAGGAGAGGAUUGCCCCAUGGGUCGUCAAGUACCUCAUGCCCUUUUAUAAAAAGAAAGUUAUUAAGGAUCGAAUGCUCUUCAAGGCUGUUGCUAAACAUAUUAGUGAUAUGCUUAUUAUUGACAAUACAUUCCCUGAGGAGGAAUAUGUAAAUCAAUACAUAAAAGACUAUUUCCGAAAUAAGCCUAGUAUCAAGUCACAAGCGGAUAUAUACAUCUGAAUGCAACUCACACGUCACUCAUUAUUUGUGAUAAUUUCGGCAUCAUCUGACGUAAAUACUCAUUUUAUUACUCUUCAUUAAUUCAUUUUAGUAUUACCAAUGAGCUACAUACGAUGACAACCAAUGGGAAAAAUUUAAUUUCGUUAUUCAUGACUGUAUCUAAUGUAAAUUAUGACGUUACCCAGUCGACAAGGGGUACCCCACCUGUGAAAAUCAGUUGAAUAUAAAAAUAAAAACGUGAAAUCAUGAUUUUUUAAUGUUCGUUUAAUUUUUGCACAAUAUAAUCUCGACUAGACCCAUAUCUUAAAAUUAACAAAUAGAGAAUAUAAAUUUAUUCGUCUGAUGUGUGUCACCAAUGUAUCGUAUCCCAAUUGAAUCAACAAAAACCAAAAAAAAAACAUGGCACAUCUCCCACACAGAAUAUUUCCCAAUCGUUUGAACUUUUUCUCUCACGAGAAUAAGGAAAUAAAUAAUUUUCGGGAUUGUAAAUAUUUUAUAACAUUACAGUAAACUCCCGUUAUAUAUAUCGAGAAUUCCACUGCAUUCAACCCUCACCAGGUACUCGCUGCCACCGUAAACUGAAUUUUUUCAUAAAUUCAAAUACGAAAAAAAUUUAUAUUUUGGUUUUAUUUUGCCUGAAACCCGAUUUCUCACUCGACGAAACCAUGGAUUGCUUACAUAAUUCAGGAGAGGUACAACUAUAACGGGAUUCUACUGUAACGAUAAAUCGAGAAUCGCACAGCGAUUGAUACAAUUUUUAUUUCUAUUUCAAUUGCAGGAGAACUUUACAUCAAUCCCUAUCUUAAUUUCUAAUUGAAUUUAAUCAGCAGAUAGUGAAAGAAAUAUCGAAUGAUUUAAUUUUUAUUCAAUGCAUUUGGAAUUACAGUGCACAUGUGCCUAACAAGCAAUUCGAUAUCGAUUUGAAUUAGUAACAACGAGUGCAGUAAUUCUGGCUCUACAGUGUCAUUUUUUAAUAAUGAUUGCUCAAGAUGUUUCGAGUGUUCGUUGAAAUACUACUAAUUCCGUUCUCAAUUGCCUCCUCACAUUACCCUGAUACCUUCGAUCUCUGACUCAUCUAAUGCAUAAAUUUAAUAAAUAGCUUUCAUCCAGGUAUCCAUUUCUAUAUCUCUUACUCACAGGUAUUAGUAAUCACACGAUUGAAUGGAAUUCGUUUAUCUUAGAAACUGUUAGAAAUGAUGGAUAUCGACUUAUCAAUCGUAUUCGUCAGGUCCUCCAACCGCUAUAGUAAUCUUUGAUUAUUCUAGUGGGAAUCUAUCUGACAAUCAUUAUGUACUUAUACACCUAAUUAUUCGUUAACAAACGUAAAUAUACAAAUAGCUUUGGAAAUGAAAAAAAUAUCGGAAUUUCAUGUUAAUUUUACUUGAUUAAAGGGAAAAGAACAUAGAAAAAUUUAAUUAGAAAACAAUACGAAAGCAUAACUUUUUAAAAUUACAUGAUCAAUGAUUCAAUAAUUCAACAAAUAAUAUCCAUUACUGACUUCUCCUUACCGAUUACCGUCUAUUUACACUGCUCGAGAAUAAUGUACCCUGAUACGGAAUUAUCGGAAUUAAAUAAACACG